AAGUUGUUGUAAAUAACUUGAUGGCAAUCCACGCGCAGGGCAGCCGGUGCCGCGAGCUCAGUACGUUCGAAGUCGUAUUGCUCACGGGACCAUUAUCCCGGUUCUAUAUUGCUAACCAGUUUCUAAAAAUGCACUCAAAAAUUGUUUUCAUAAGUUGUCUAUUAUGUGAAUUCGCAGUCUGUAAAACCACCUAUGAUCAGAGUCAAACGGGAGACUUGAACGUUCAAGUCGAUUUGAAGGACGUGCAGAUUAUUGCCCUCCUGAAUGGCGGCAAGGAGGAGUAUGAGGAUAUUGAAUACGCUUACGAUUAUUCAGAAAUGACUAUUAGACCGCAGAACGGUACGACACCAAAACCGUUGAAUGUAACUACCGUAGCUGAUGUUUUAAAAGAUAAUGCGACCAUUUCAACAACGAUAAACAUCGAAUCAACCACGGAGAAGUUAAACAGCACAUUGGAUGGUAUUGAAACAACAACAACUACGCAAUCUCCAGUAACAACGGAAUCAAAUAUUACGGCAAUAAGCGAAGUGGAAGCAACAACAAAAACGACGUAUUCUUCAGAAGUAAACGUGACUCCAAUGUCAACUAGUUUGAAUAGCACUAAUUGCAAAAAAGGUUUUGUGUUGAAUCAUAAAGGGGGUUGCGAAUUUAAAUUGCAAGGCGCAUCAAACGCAUUGCUUAAAAUAGUAAAGCUAUCUCAGAAAUUGAAGUUAAGAAGAGAACACAGGAGGGAUAAAAAUGAAACAGUUUGAUUCUGUUAUUAACGAGUUAUACCAUCGAAAUGUGGGUAUUUUAUAGCUUUAUAAUGAGUCUAAUUAUACAUACAAAAUUACACGAAGAUUUAGUAUGUAUGGUAAUUACUAUAUAAAUGUAACUAGACAUUAUAUAUUGUAGUUUAUAAUUUUUCUAGCCAGUGCUCACGAUUACGCUCGCGUGGUGUUUAUUUUAAUACAGUUUAAUCAUUUAUAGCCUGUGGCGUCCCACUAUUGGGUAAAUGCUCUUCUAACUGUUCUACUGUAGAUAAUCAGAAAAUUAUAAUUAUAAUGUUUGGCUUUGGUUGCAAUAGCAACUAUAAAAAAUGUACCGGUUGUAUGCAGGCCCUUAGGCAAUGUAUUUUUCACUGUAACAUAAUCUAAUAAAAAACUACUAAGUAUACAAUAACUUGAAAUGUAUUACGAAAUAUACUGAAAUAUGACGAUUAAAUAUAUAAAAGGCAAUAAUAUUUUUAUUGAUGGUUUGUUAGAUAUAAAUUUUCAAAUGUAAUUUUCAUUUAAAAAAGUAUAUCUUCAUUUUUAAGUUAAUGCUAUUAAUGUUUUAAGUUUCAAUUUGUAAACUUCCGUUAUGUGCGUUAAAUAAAUAAAUAAACAUUCUUGGAAAAAUGUUUUGACCGGACACGGGGCUCCUAAGCAGUUGCCUACACUGGAAAACACCAGUAACAAACUAAAUUAUUUAAAGAUGGCGGUAGGCUGUAAAAAUCGACAAAUACAUACAUCUGAGGUUAUAGUCGUGAGUAUAUUAUUUAUUUAUUUCAACUUGUAUGAAUGUAGGCUUUGUUGGAUUAUUUCGCUAGAUGAAUCUGCUGGAGGCUUAUCACAGGAAGACUUUGUACAAAAGCUUGGGUAUUUUAUUUCUGUCUUAGUUGUGUUUCUGGCAUGUGUUUCAAACCGACACAUGGAUGUGUCGAUUUCAAGGGUGGGAUAUGGCAAUGAAAUUACAGGGUAUAGAAACAUCACCUUCAUCUUCCAUAAUGGCAAUGCAUGAAGGGCAUCACAGGUGAUACAGUAUACUCUGUUAUGUCUAUGAUACUAUUCAUGUCAAUAGGCGAUGAUUACCACUGUCCAUCAGGUGUCCUGCCAGUUUGUUUGCCUUUUUAAUUUGCAUAAAAAAAUGGUGUAAGUUAGAUCUACAACACGGACAAAUUCGCGAGACUAAUAUAAUACUAAAAUAGCUAUUUUACUUUUGUUUUUUUGUUAGUUUUAUAUUUGUAUUUGACAAUUUCUCCACAAAAAAAAAGAUGUCAAUGAUAUAAAUAAAAACUGUAAGAGAAA